AUGCCUACAAAUAUUAUUAUCCCAGAUGCAGCAGCUCUCCCUGCAAACUGGGUCCCGGGAAAAAAGAAGAAAUACUUUUCCUGCAGUGAUAGACUGUUUGCACUCAAUAUUGGUCUUCAGUUUCACACCCCAGAGGAAUUUUUCUUGGGCUGGAAACCUGCUCCAUUCAACAUGCCAACCUUUGACCCUAGAAAAAUGGACUCUAAUAUUCGUCUUCACGAUCCACCUGAAGCCUCCCUCACAUCUACCAAAAAGGAAGUCAUUGUUGCAGUGGGAUUCCCUGGAUUGGGCAAGUCGACAUUCUUCCAAACACAUGUCAUUCCAAAGGGCUAUGCUUAUGUGAACAGGGACACACUCGGUUCCUGGCAGCAGUGCGUGUCAGCUUGCGAGCGCGCUCUUAAAGAAGGCAAAAGUGUAGCUGUAGACAACACAAAUCCUGAUCUUGAGUCUAGAAAAAGUGAAAAGACUGAGAUUAUGCUUGUCGAUUCAACCCACCAACUACGCAAAGUAGAGCCAGGGAAAGUUGGAUGCUUUACGUGGGAGUUUUUGUGAUGAACCAUCCACCUCUACUUGUGAGCAUGCUCAGUCUAUACAUAUGUCACAGGUCGGAGCGGACCCAGAUGCUAUUGAGUCACGCCCCUUCCUAGUUUCCACCUCGAGGAGGUUCCCAAAGCCACCCCAAUGACCAGACACACAAGCCUCCAGGCAGAGGGGACGGGACUCUGGACUGUCCUUCUUGAACCCGUGGCGCCCUCCGCUUCUCCUGGAGGCAGAGUUUAAGAGGGGAAAGACUGUAGUAGAUGGCUGGUAGCAGUGAGUGCGGCAAGUAGUUCUCCGGUUACUGUCUCGUGGCCUCCUUCUUCCCAGGGUACGUACUGCAACACAAGAUCCGCACUUGCACUGUUAACUAUAACUUUUCUUCUCUUACAGAUGGCUGGUAGCAGUGGACAUGGUAAGUAUUUCUCAGGUAACUGGUAACUGACUCGUGAUCUCCUUCUUUAGAAGGCUCGUGGCUGAAACACAGAAUCAACACUUUCACAACUCACUGUGGCUUUUCUCUUUUACAGGUGGCUGGUAGCAGUGGAUACGGUAGGUAUUUCUCAGGUAACUGGUAACUGACUCGUGGUCUCCUUCUUUAGAAGGCUAUUGUCUAUAUGUGGCUUUUGGUGGCCGAAUGUGUGCACAGUGGAUAGAUUUACUCACAGACCUCCCGUGGUAAGAUGUUCCCUCUGGGUCUUUACCUCCAGAGCCUCGGUUACAACCGGGGGAUCCAAUACUGUCACCGUUGAGCCGUACGCUGCCCUCUCCUCUCCGUACGUGUAGCUCCAGAGAUCUGGACAGGGGCGCACCUCUGCUAAUGUAUAUGUUUCUCCUCACAUAUACAUUAGCACUCUGAAUUUCUACUCACGCAAAGGUCUGGAUCUUCUGUACCAUCCACCACCGUCUUCACGGUCUCCACAACAGGGGCUCUUGACGCCACACCCGUCUCCACACUGUAUCGCUGCACAGCAUAUAAUUUAAAAGCACUUCACCCACCGCACGGCAUCUUCUCUCACGGCUGACUCUCUGUAAUGGCUCCUGACAACAGAUACACAGCACUGCACUGCACGGCAUCAAGUGUACACACACACUCA